GUUGGUUCCGGUUUAGGUAAAGGGGACACAUAUCGACGGGACACAGUAAGCUACACAUAACACCUGUUAAAGCAACAUAAUGAAUAAAACUACCGUUACUUGUUCUUCCACCAUGAUUAUUUUGUCUUUUUAAAUGGUCCACACACCUUCACAGUGCUAUUGACUGACCAGAAGCCCAACAGCUCCAUCUCGCGGCCGAACAGGCUGCUGCUUCUACUAAAUCACAGCUCAGAUGUUGCUAUUGGCAACCGAGCAACUGAAACUUUAGAUAAAUGUGUAAAAACUGAGAGAAAGCGCUUCGUUUAUGUAAAAGUCAACAGAUACUCCUCAUGGCAACUCCACAGAGAAAUGCAGAAAACUUCAUGAAGGUGGAGGGCAACACUACAGAGCUUUGCGGCCUUUCUGCGGACGAUGCAACAGAGACAAGGAUGCUGCGGUCUAGGAUAGAGCAACAGUCAAGUCUGAUCUGCUUGUUGAAACAGAGAGCAGAUGAGGUGCUUCUCCAAUGUCUAGCCCUGAGAAAAAUCAAUACAGAGCUGGAGGGCCGAGUAACAGACUGCCAGAAACAACUGGACGGUGAAAGAAAGAAGUCAGAGGUAUUAGAGAAGAGAUUUAUGGUUUUAGCUGACAACAAUCAGGCAAUUAUUACCUUCAUGGACGAGCACAAAAACCACAAUGCCCAGUUAAAGCUGGAAAACAAACAGCUGCAGUCAGAAAAUGAAACUCUUUUUUCCUACAAAUUACAAGAGAAAGAAGUGUUUGUUCAAAAACUGAUGCAAGAAAUCAAACAGCUGACAGAGAAAUACACAAAUACGGAGAAGGAAUAUCGGGAGAAAUUAGCUGGAUGCCAGUCAAAACUCCUGGAACAAAAGUCUCAGCAUCAAGCCAAGGAUGCAUCGCUAAGUGAUCAAUUGCAUGAUGCUCAGCAACAACACAGAGAUGCUGUAAAGAUGUGCAAUGACCUUAAGCUGAAGCUACAAAAGGCUGAAGGAGAGAAUGCUUUGAAGGAAAUCAACAUGAGAGAAAGCAAAACAAGCAUCACCAAAGAGAAGGACAAAUUACUGCGUCUGUCUAUGGAAAGAGGGAAAGUAAUACAGGAGAAACAAGAGGAAAUCAAGCAACUGGAGACAAAAUGGAAAGAAGAGAAAAAGGCCCUGGCCAAAGCAGAGGACAGGUUUGAACGGGAAGCAGAAGCUGUUAAAGCAGAUAGUAAAGUGAAGUCUCUCCAGUCUGCUCUUGAUGAAUCCGUGACAAAAUAUGGGAUGCUGAAAAAGGAUUUUGAAGCCUUCAAAGAACACAGCACCAACCUCCUUAUACAAGAAAGGGAGUUAAAUAAGAAGCUUCGCCACAUGAUUGGCUAAACUUAAGCAUCAUCACCGGCCUGCUCUCACGUACCAGCCACCUCCAGCGCAUUGAGAAUAGGAGGCAGGCCCUCAUCAAACUGGACAUCCACCACAGCACCAAUCACAGCCACUAUCAGGCCGUUGGCCGGUGAUGCCUGGUCAGCUGGGGCAGUGUAACCCCGGCCUGAAAGGACAAUGACAGAAAAAGGACAUUGUAUGGAAGCCCAUUUCCGCCACUGUGAUGAACAAAAAAAAGUUCCUAUUAUUCAUUAUAAUGAGUUAUUGUCUCAAUAUUUUGACUCAGUAUCUAAAUAUUUUGACUUAGUAUCAAAAUAUUUUGACUUAGUAUCAAAAUAUUUUGACUUUCUAUCUCAAUAUUUUGACUCAGUAUCUAAAUAUUUUGACUU